ACAAGCAUCCUCAGGUUUAUGAUGACUGUCUAGUCAUCAUAAAGCUCUCCCACUGUGAAGUGAAUGCUAAUGUGGAAGCAAUGAGAGAAAAAAAGAAAGAAAACCAUGCAUUUAUGAAGAAUAACAACAAAGAGCAUGAGUCAGAAAAGUCAAGAGAAUGAUAAGAGAAGUUGGGGGAGACGGGAGAACUUGAAAUGGAACUGGAAAGAUCCUUUCAGUCUCUGUCCAUCCCUUACCCUUCACCUAAGUCAGCAGUGAAAUGGACUCGUGAUAUUUCAGAAAGAGGAUCCUAGAUGACAAAAGACAAAAGAAAAGGAAGUGUUCUUCACUUGCACACUGGUCCCAGGAGUGUGGGGGUCCCUCACAAAGUGCAGGGAAAGGAGGACAGACCUGCAGCUCUGGGAGAAUGGGAGCAGUCGUGCGGGUAGUGGUGCUUGUGACGGCUUUCACCAGCUGCAACGCCCUCCUGGAUCUGUCUGGCAACCACGAGGUCAAGGGCACAUGGAGGGGAUCUACCACUUUACCAUGUACCUACAAGCCCUCAGAAGGUUUCACACAGCAGACACUCAUCUGGAGCCUGGAGCGAGACCACAGCACCUCCACCGUCCUUCGGAGGGACGAUUCUGGUGACCAUGUCUUGUUGUCUCGGUUUCGAGGCCGGGUCAGCGUCCCAAAGCACAGCCCAGGGGAUGCCUCACUCUUAAUUGAGAACCUUGAGAUGCCUGACAGCGGACACUACACCUGUCAAGUCAUCUGGAGGUCUGAAAAUAACAGCUUGAUAACACAGGAGGUGACCACUACAGUUACAGUCGUCAAAGUUGCAGUGAGCAAGCCCAUCGUCAGGGCCGGCGAGCUGGGGCUGACGGUCCCGGCAGGAGCCAGCACCAGCCUGACCUGUGUGGCCAGCGGGUCCCCCCCCAUCAGCUACCGCUGGUUCAGGGGCACCCCGGGAGGGAAAGCCCUGCUCCUGAGCAGCCAGGCUGAGCUGGCAUGGGACAGCCUGCAGCCCUCCGACACCGGGCAGUACUACUGCGAGGCACAGAACGGGGUUGGGGCUAGGACUGCACAGCAGAGCAGCGUCGUGGAGCUGAUAGUGAGAGAUUCCCCCAUCACGCAGCAGCCCAGCCGUGGCGCCGGCAGCCACACCAGCCCCCCCACCACUCCCGGCAGUGCUGUGUCGCAGCGAGUGCCCACAGGUGCCCCCGCACGAAACGCGCUGCCGUGGGCGCUGGGCGCAGCCGCCGUCGGAGCCGCCGUCGGGGCCGCUGUUGGGGCCGCUGUCGGGGCUUGGAGAUGGCGACGGAGCCGGAGCAAAGAGGAGCCUCCCUAUGCAGUUGCUUUCCAUAGCACUGCAGAUGUCAGGAGAUCCAAGACUGAUGUGGAAGUCCCUGCUAGCUGCCUACACAAAGAGGCAAAGUCUAAAACUGAAACAUCCAAUGACACUUUUGCCAUGAAAGACAGCAGCCCUAACAGCAUAUGCAUCAGGAAAAAUCCUGAGUAUGAGAACCUUGUGGAUGCAAUGGAAUCAGAAUAUGAAAUAGAAAGAAUUUAGCAGAGUACCAUCUUUUCCACGUGAGCAGCCAAGCAGAUCUGCAGAAAUUAAAUAGUAAACUUUAUCAAAGGAAACUCUUCUUCCUGUCUGCCUUCUGCUCUGAUAAAUACACCAGUCUCACUGCUUGCUUUCACCCAGGGCAACUGCACAGGCUUCUUAGGCUCUGCCAAAUGAGGCCCUGCCCGUUGGUGCAGAAACCCUCACCUAAGUGGUUACCUACCUACCUUUAUAGAGCAAAUCAUUUCUUGUCAGCCUGAAGGACCAAGGUGAGGUAGAAGGGAUCUGAAGGAGUGGAAACACAGAUGUCUUUAGCCUGCAAGUCAAGGUGUAGCUAGGUGCAGUGCUGCUGGCCAGUAAUACUGGUGAGGUGUGUUCUGAAGCAUCCCAAGGGAGCCCAGACUGUGAGGAGCCAGGGGUUGUGCUGCAAAUGUCCUCUGGCUUUUACAGCCCAACAAAUACAGGUUGUACAUCCUCCUUGUCUUUUGUUAGAGCAUGGUAAAGGAAUGGGGUGGAAGGGGGGGAUGUCCCAGGAAUGUCAUUGUUGCUGUCAGGCUGGAGCUCAUUGGUUAGAGCAAUGGGGAGCUACCCUGUAGGUGAUGAGGCUCCCAACUGCCACCCUCUGGUUUCCUGGAAAAGCAGAAUUGAUGUUGAAGGAAAUUCAAGUGUUUAUUUUUGACAAUGUGUGGGACAGAGGUGUGAUAAAAUAGAGAGACAUUUGGGACAUCUGGGAUAACAAUUGAGCAAGGGACCUCCCUGGACACAACAGACUGACAUGGAUUCACUCUAGGACACAAGUCAAUUUGUCUGGAUUACAACAGAGGUGUAUUAAUGUGGACCUAUUACAGGGACCCUCUGGGUGCUCACAUUUGUAAAAUGCCUUGAAAGUGCUUGAUUAGAUGCUCCAGUAAAACUGGGCAGCAAAACUGCUUUGGUCUUAGGCAGCAAAACAGUUGAAACACAAAAAGCCUCUCUCCAGUGCCAAGGCUGUUGUUUCUGUCUGUGCAGUGUGUGAUUAAUUUUUAGUUGUGUUUUUGGCAUGUUUGGUGGUAAAAACUAUUGGAAACAGAACAUUUUUCUUCAAAAACUCAG